UGGCGCUCGCGUCAGUACCGUGAACGCUUCAAAACAGAGUCGUGUUCGGUCGAGAGUUUCUUUUGAUUGUGAUUGAAAUGAUCGAGGAACACGACGAACGCGAAACGAUAUGCGACUCGGUGUCAAUAAACGACUAGAUGAAUGGGUUAUGGAAGAUUGUUUGGACACUAGGAAAGUCCAGUACCCUCGUCGAGAUGGGACCACACCAGGAACUGGUGCAGCGACCCCGAAGAAACAAGCACCUAGCAGACCUCCUAGCCCUAGCAGCCUUAGCAACGAGCCAGUCAACGGUUCGGCAGUUUUGCAAGCUGCGUUACAAAAGAAAAUGUCGAGAAAGAGAAAGGCCACGUUCAUAGAGAAUGACGAUUCUCAGGACGGUCCACCGCAGGCACCUGGCCCGAGGCCCACUGGUUCGUUGGUUGCACAUCAUCACGAUGACAUAGUUACUCGAAUGAAAAAUGUCGAGCUGAUAGAAUUAGGCCGUCACAGAAUAAGACCUUGGUAUUUCAGCCCUUAUCCGCAAGAAAUGUAUAGGAAGAGUCGAAAGUGUCUGGAACGGCAUCUGGCAAAGUGCAAUCUGAGACAUCCACCCGGCAACGAAAUAUACAGGAAAGGUUCGAUAUCGUUCUUCGAGAUCGACGGGCGAAAGAACAAGAAUUACGCACAAAACCUUUGCCUACUGGCGAAAUUAUUCCUGGAUCAUAAGACGCUUUAUUACGACACGGAUCCUUUCUUGUUUUACGUGAUGACAGAUUUCGACAGCAGGGGAUUCCACAUAGUUGGCUACUUCUCGAAGGAGAAAGAAUCAACCGAGGAUCAUAACGUGGCUUGUAUUCUCACACUGCCGCCCUAUCAGAGAAGGGGCUACGGAAAGUUGUUGAUAGAAUUUUCUUACGAACUGUCGAAGUUCGAGGGUAAAACAGGUUCACCUGAAAAGCCGUUGUCGGACUUGGGAUUGUUGUCUUACAGAAGUUACUGGGCGCACACCAUACUGGACAUACUUUUGAACAUAAAGCCGCUAGUAGAGAACGAGAAGCCUCAGAUCACGAUAAGUGAAAUAUGCGAGCUGACGUCGAUUAAGAAAGAAGACGUGAUAUCGACGCUUCAGAACUUGAAUCUCAUUAAUUACUACAAAGGACAAUAUAUUAUUAUCGAGCAACACGCAGCCGCAAUGGAAAAGAGGCAAAUCAGAAUAGACCCUAAGUGUCUUCAUUGGACACCAAAAGACUGGAGUGUUAGGGCAAAAUGGUGA